GUUGAAAACGGGACAGUUGAGGAUAUGAGGAUGAGAGACAGUCAUAAUGAAAAACCGAAAACGAUAUAACAUCAUCUUCGUCCAUCCCGACCUCGGCAUCGGCGGCGCGGAACGCCUGAUCCUCGACGCCGCCCUCGCCCUCCAAGCCCGCGGCCACAAGAUAACCAUCUACACCUCCCACCGCGACAAGAGCCAUUGCUUCGAAGAAGCCCGCGAUGGAACGCUGGAUGUGCGCGUACACGGCGACAAGCUGUUUCCCGCACACAUCAGAGGCCGAUUCCACGUUCUAAUGGCAAUACUGCGCCAGCUCAGCUUGAUCUACUACCUCUCUGAAAGCACGGCCAACAACGACGAAACGCACGACAUUUUCAUAGUCGACCAGGUGCCGGCCUGUGUGCCUGUGCUACGAGCGUUAAGGGACCUAGCUGCGCGCCGCAAAACGAAGAAACAGCGCACGCUAUUCUAUUGCCAUUUCCCGGACCAGUUGCUUGCGCGGCGAGGGGAGGGUGGUAUGGCGCUACGGACGCUGAAGACGCUUUAUCGCUGCCCGUUCGAUUGGUUUGAGGGCUGGGCUAUGAGUGCGGCUGAUAGGAUUGUGGUUAAUUCUCGGUUCACGGGCGGAGUGGUGCGGGAGGUGUUUGGGAAUACCGGUGAGGAUGUCCAGGUUGUUUACCCGUGUGUGGACACUGGACGAAGCACAAAGGAGGUAUCCGUGGCCAAGGUCGAUGAUGGAGGGGAGUUAUGGGGUGGGUUGAAGAUACUAUUAAGCAUUAAUCGGUUUGAGAGGAAGAAGAACAUCGAGCUUGCAUUGCAUGCGUAUCAUGGCAUUGCGGAGGAGGAUAGAAAGGGCACGAGGCUUGUUAUCGCUGGCGGGUAUGAUAAUCGAGUCUCGGAAAACGUACAAUAUCACAAAGAGCUGGAUGCACUAGCUACUCGACUCGGUUUCCAAACAGCUACCUCCCAGACCGUCGUAUCAGCCAUGUCCGUCCCAGACUCGAUAAACGUCCUGUUCCUCCUUUCUGUCCCAUCCGCAUUUAAAGAAACCCUGCUCUCCUCCUCGAGUCUGCUGCUCUACACCCCUUCAUACGAACACUUUGGCAUCGUCCCCGUCGAGGCAAUGUAUGCCGGUCUGCCUGUUCUCGCAGACAACACCGGCGGACCCCUAGAAACCAUUGUCGAAGGGAAAACCGGCUGGCUCAGAUCAUCGAAGGAGAUCUCGGGCUGGACAGAAGUCAUCAGUUAUGUUCUGCAGCGCAUGUCGUCCGCCGAGCGUCUGGAUAUGGCUUCCUUUGCAAAACAGCGGGUUGAGAAAGAAUUCUCCCUUCAGGCUAUGGGCGAAAGACUCCAGAAUCAAAUUGACGAGAUGGUCCAGGCAGAAGACCGUGCUUUUCUCCCUCUUACCGCGAUUCUUGGACUUGGCCUGGUGCUCGGCGUGGUAUCUUCUCUUCUCAUCUGGCUGGCCAUAAAUUGAAAUUCUGAAUUAUGACGCAGAGGAUUGUAAAAUGAUGAAAUGAACGAGCGAACUCGUUGAGUUAUAUAUGUAUAUUCCGAGUUCCGUACCCUAUCGCCUCGGCAAAACGUGCAUAACCAUUAGAUAUAAGAGACAGGCUAUGCAGGAGUCACGUCCUAUCUCUGCAAAGGGGUAAUCAACGCAACAUAAUUCCAAUUGGUAUUGGAUUUGUUCAUUCUAAGGACCUAGGGAGUAUUCUGGAGAAACAAUUCAGCUCCUGGCAUAAGACGUGGCAUCUCUCAACAUAUCUAGCGUAUCAUCCAGGAAACAUGAUGUGAAUAUCCUCCUGACUCAGGAAGAAUCAGAAUCCAGAAAAUAGGAGAAAAUUCCAUUGGUGUCCGAGUGAAAUGAUCAAUAUAUCAUGGGCAUAUAGAAAUUUACAAAAUAGAUUGAUACCUUGCAAAUUUAUACAUAUUAGAUGGUCUCCAGUGUCCUGAUGAGUGGGAUUACUGAGAAGAUGACGAAUAUAUGGCAACUCGAAGAUGGAGCUCGUAGCUGCAUUUGGAAAAGAUUCAGUCAGUGAAUCAGCGUGUACUCGGUAGAAAUGACUGCUUAACCCUGUGGCGGUAUGUGAUGAACCACUCAGUAGAUAACCAGGGGUGUAACCGUCCAAUUGUCAGCAUCGAGGCCAGGAUGUCUGCCUGAGAUAUGCCUCCGUGUAUAGCCAGGAUUUGGCCGGGAUGAGGGAUUCCCCGCGUCCAAGAGAUAUUUCGGUUAAAUUCUUUCAUGGAUGCAUUGCUUGUUAGCUGGUGGAGCAACUCGAUCCCUUGCGAUGAUGCAAAAGCUGUCCGGGGGAUGCGCAGAAAAUCUUAGAUACGACCAACGCCCAACUGGCAGACGGCUUCGGCAUGGGCAUGAGGUCCAAAUGUAACCUCCUUGCCAGCCCAUCAUCUCCGGCACACGAACAGCAUCCCGAGCCCAGAGUUCUGGCCCGGCACAGUCUUUGUGAUUGACGGGGGGACAGGGAGUUCGGAAUACGGAUUACGGACUACGGAGAUAAUAUGGCAUUGCUCAAGAGCAAGAGCCAGCAUUGUUGACAUUUCCAGCCAUCUCGUGGGAUCAAAAGUCAUAUUUGGAGUUUAGCACUGUUGACCUGCCUGCUCCC